CUAAACCCACAACAGUAAAUCAGUCUGUAUAUGUAGUAAAGCAUGCUUGUUAUACUUACUGUGGAACUUAAGGGGUUAAUCCUCCACAUUGUGUAAAAAGGAUGUUUGAUCCUGUCUUCUCUGAUCCUCCCCUUCUACUGUCCCCAAUCCAUCUAUUUUUAGAACAGAACCUGCAUAUGCUUAAUUUGGUCUGUAUUGCUAGAGUGUUUUUUUUUUACUUGGGAGAGUGCAUGUGGUUAGCACAGGGCCAAUCAGCGCUGUCCAGGCAGAGGGUCAGGGGUUGGGCAGCCUCAUUAUUAUUAUUAUUAUUAUACAGUAUUUAUAAAGCGCCAAUAGUUUGCUCAGCGCUGUACAUUACAAAAGGGGACACAGAACAUCUUUAACUUGUCCUCUGCUAGACACUUACAUUUCCAUGUUCUGUGUACUGUGGGAGACCAGAUAUAGUGAAU